AUGAUAUACUCUAUGCAGUGGACAGAUGACUCCAUCAAGGCCGAAGCCCCCACAAUCGCGCAGAAAGAUGAGCUCCUCAAGCGCGAGAAUGGCGUCUCCGAACAAUCCCCCAUGCGCCUGCGAAUGGAGCAAUUCAUAAAACAACACCAGAAGCAGAUCGUUGCCGAGCUCGAGAAAGUCGACGGCACAAAGUUCCAAAUCGACACCUGGCAGCGCCCAGAGGGUGGAGGCGGCAUAACCUGCAUUCUCCAAGACGGCAACGUCUUUGAAAAAGGCGGCGUGAACACCUCCGUCGUCUACGGCCGCCUCCCGCGCGCCGCCAUCCAAAAGAUGCGCGUGAACCACAAAGCCCUCGACCCAGACGUCGACUCGCUAGAGUUCUUCGCUGCCGGCCUCUCCAUGGUGCUGCACCCGCACAACCCCAACGCGCCCACCGUCCACCUCAACUACCGCUACUUCGAAACCGCCGACGAGCUCGGCAACACCAGCGCAUGGUGGUACGGCGGCGGCUGCGAUCUUACGCCCUCGUACCUCUACGACGAAGACGCGAUCCACUUCCACAACACGAUGAAGGCGACGUGCGAUAAGCACGACAAGGAAUACUAUCCGCGCUUCAAAAAGUGGUGUGAUGAGUACUUCAACAACAAGCACCGCGGCGAGACGCGUGGCGUUGGCGGCUUGUUCUUCGACGACCUCGAUGAGACGGAGAAGGACCAGGAGCAGCUAUUCUCCUUUGUGCAGGAUUGCUUGUCUGCGUUCUUGCCUUCCUACUUGCCCAUCAUCAAUCGCAGGAAGGACAUGCCUUUUACGGAGCAGCAGAAACACUGGCAGCAGAUCCGUAGGGGACGCUAUGUGGAGUUCAAUCUUGUGCAUGAUCGGGGCACGGCGUUUGGAUUGAAUACGCCAGGUGCGAGGGUGGAGAGUAUCCUCAUGAGUUUGCCGCUCACGGCGAGGUGGGAAUACAUGCACAAGCCGGAGAUUGGGAGUCGAGAGGAGAGGUUGUUAGAGGUGUUGAGGAAGCCGAGGGAGUGGGUGUGA